UUCUGCAUGUAGGUGGAGCCUCAUGUCUCCUAUCGUCCCCCAGUCCCCUCCUCGGAAGUAGACGCAUCGGUCUAUUCCGUUUAUUUUUAUAUAUUUUGUAUAAACCCCUUUUCCCCAACACGUAGCAACAUGAACGCCAACAUGGAUGAUUAAACCGAAGAACGGGUCCCCGAUUUCACCCCCAUAUUUAUCCUGGGAUUGAGAGGGCCGGAUGAAAUCCAACUGUGGUUGUCUCCGCUUCGCAGGGGAGGUAGCUGUAUCCAGUGGGGAGGUAGGCUUAACCAGGGAAGAGAAUGAAGAACUUCGAACCCUGGGGACGCCAGAGGCUGUCUUUUCUUCUGGAAAAGGCCGCCUCUAGGGAAGCCAAGAUGUGGAAGAUCUACGUGCCGAAGAAGCCCUCCUCACAGUCGCAGGAUACAGAUGUCUCCCCUGCCCAGCGGGACGAGGCCGUGCGAUGGUUGACGGAUCUCCACAGCAGGCUGCAGCUGUACCCAGAGACCCUGGUGUUAGCUGUUAGCAUACUGGACCGCUUCCUCGCUCCCAUCAAGGCCCGUCCGAAGUACCUGCGCUGCAUCGCCAUCGCCUGCUUCUUCCUGGCUGCUAAGACCUGCGAGGAGGACGAGCGUCUGCCCACUCUGAAAGAGCUGGCGGACUCCAGCAGCUGUGGCUGUUCUCCGUCAGAGAUCCUGAGGAUGGAGAGGAUCGUCCUGGACAAACUGAGCUGGGAUCUGCACACCGCCACAGCACUGGACUUCCUGCACAUCUUCCAUGCGACGGUGUUGUCGUGCCGCUCUGGGUUUUUGGACUCCAUGUUGGAUCUGAAUCCCUCUCAGCACCUCUCCCUGCUCACACGGAGACUGUACCACUGUCUGGCUGACCACACGCUCUUACAGCUCAGAGGAUCCAUGCUGGCCCUGGCCCUCAUCACCCUGGAGCUGGAGACCUGCUGCCCUGAUUGGCUGGCUCUCACCAUCGAGCUGCUGAGGAAGGCACAGAUCGACAGCUCUGAGUUGAUCCGGAGUCGAGAGCUGGUGGCUCGUAGUCUGUCCACACUGAAAGCUUCCCUGCCUCCCAACACUGUCUACAUCUACCAACCCCUGCAGCCUCCGGCCCCGGACCCCACACCCUCCUGCUGCACACUGGGGAUCAUCACUGAGUCUUCCAGGGACCACGUCCUGGUGGCCCCUGCUGAUGGGGAGGAGGGGAGCUCCGACUCCACCUCCUCCACUAACAGCAGCAUGCCAGGUCUACUCUCUCCACCCAAACACCUGCACCAUCGUCACCACCAGAAGGUGCAGAAGGUCACGCUGCGCUGCAAAGCAUCUGCCAAACGCAAGGUGGAGGAGAUGGAGGUAGACGACUUUUACGACGGCAUCAAGCGCCUCUACAACGAAGACGGUACCACCACUGUCCAGGAGGGGGCGCUAACACCAGGUGUAGGAGUUGGAGGAGGACUGGGUGUCUGCAGCAUCCUGUUGUCCCGACAGGAAGGCAGCUCCUCCCCCUGCCCCCCCCUGCAGCCAGUCAGUGCCUCGUAGAGACCAAACAGGAAGCUCUUAACCAAAACCACCUCCACCCUGACGUCAUCAUCUCAAAUAAAUAAAGAUUUCUGACCAAAUAGGCAGGAGAUUUGGAAACACAGGUGAUGGGCAACUCCCUGAGCAAUAGGCAACAACAAUUAGUGUUCCCAUUGUUUAGAAAACAACAUAAAGGCAGCUCCUCUGGGAAAGAUGCUCAUCACGGUCAUCCUUUGCUUUACUGAAAAAUUGAUGUAGUAACAAAUAAAACAGAUGUCAGCGGUUCAGAUGGUUGUGGUUUCGGUGCAAACCCCCCACCCCCCCCUAGCAUGACCUGAGGACAGUUCCCAUUGUCCCCUCCAGCAGGAAAACAGAGCCCAAAAAAAAUUUAAACAUGAAAAAACGUAAAAAACAAGCUGCUGCUAAUAUUUAAUUAAGUAUAUCUGUUGAAUGCAAUACUACAAAAUUACAAAAAAAAAUUAUAAAUAGAAAAGAUACCUUAAAAAAAACCUAGAAUUGACUCCUCCUCUUCCCCCCUCCCUCCAUGUCUCGUUGUCAUCGUUAGUCAACCUUUUAUUGUUUUUCCACUCUUGUUUUAUUUUAUAUAUUUAUAUUCUAUCAUCUUCUCUCUCCUACCUACCUCUGCAUGUUUUCAUCUCUUAGUCUGAAUCACGUGUACGGACGAUUAUCUGCAUUACUCACCCAGAUAGAGAAACGUUGAUUUGAGUGAAGUGCAAUUUUAAUUGUUAAUAAGAUGCUAAUAUAAACAUCCCUCCGAUGAACCCCCCCCGCCACCCUCUCAGCUUGUUGUGACGGCUUGACUGAAUGAACGUUUCUCAGAUUGAUUUACUCCCAAACUAAAAAGAAGGCUUUCUAUUGAAGAUGCAUCGUCUACGAGAGGUCUUGAUUACCCCCCGUUCAGUUGUCGUGGAAACACCCAGGCUUCGGGACCUUUACACAAAUAAAGGGACCUCAUAAAAAGACCAUCCAUGGUUUCUGUGGGAAUUAAACCCCUAGUUUAUAUAUUCCCAUGUAACAAAAACAACCUUGAGUUAUUUAAAAGCAUUUUAAUAUCAAGCUACGAGACAGAAAUGUGUUUUUUGAGUUGGUGUCUGAGCUUCACAGGAAGACAAGUGGCAUUUUAAUGUGGAAAGAAGUUGAGACAACACUGUUUUCAUCUUGAAGUUCUGUUUUAAUAUAAGUUUAUUCCUGCAAAAAGCUCUGUUGUUCCUGCUGCAGGGGCUGCUGGGGGCUGCUCCAGGUCACUGAAUGAACCAAUAAAUAAAAAGACAUGAUGUAUGAAAACUCAGAA